ACCAGCUACGAUGAAGGACGAACUUAAGUAUUUGACGGGUUUUGGUAAUGAAUUCAGCAGUGAGGACGAACGGUGUCCUGGUGCACUGCCCGAGGGGCAAAACUCGCCACAAAAAUGUCCAUACGGACUGUACGCGGAGCAACUAUCGGGCACAGCCUUUACAGCACCUCGAGAUGAAAACAAAAGGACCUGGUUUUACCGAAUCAAACCAUCGGUUUGCCAUGACGUUUUUGAACCGUUGAAUGGCGUGUCGGUCCAUUUGACCCAUGAUUGGGGAAAAAUUUCACCGAAUCCUAAUCAAUUGCGCUGGCGGCCGUUCGACGUGCCGACUCGUCAGGAGCCGGAAGUGGACUUUGUCGAGGGCCUGCACACGAUCUGCGGAGCCGGGGACUCGCGCUGUCGUUCCGGCCUCGUGAUCCACGUCUAUCUCUGCAACGCCUCGAUGAAAGAUAAGGCCUUUUACAACUCGGAUGGUGACUUCCUUAUUGUGCCACAAUUAGGACCUUUGAACAUUACCACAGAGUUUGGAAAAAUGCGAGUAGAACCGAAUGAAAUUUGCGUCAUUCAGCGAGGAAUGCGAUUUUCUGUCACUGUUUUUGGACCGUCAAGGGGGUACAUUUUGGAAGUUUUCGACAAUCACUUUCAAUUACCGCAGCUGGGACCAAUCGGUGCAAAUGGACUAGCCAAUCCAAGAGAUUUCCAGACUCCAGUGGCAUGGUACGAGGAUCGCGAUGUACUUUACAAAAUAAUCAACAAAUACCAAGGAAAAUUAUUUUUAGCAAAUCAGGAUCACAGUCCUUUUGACGUAGUUGCUUGGCACGGAAAUUACGUUCCCUACAAGUACAAUCUUGAUAAUUUCAUGGUCAUCAACUCGGUUUCGUUCGAUCACUGCGAUCCUUCUAUUUUUACUGUCUUGACUUGCCCAUCGAACAGACCAGGAACGGCAAUAGCUGACUUUGUUAUUUUCCCUCCUCGUUGGUCCGUUCAAGAACAUACAUUCCGUCCUCCGUAUUACCACAGAAAUUGUAUGAGCGAAUUCAUGGGUUUGAUCAAGGGCCAUUACGAGGCAAAGGCCGAGGGUUUCCAACCAGGUGGUGGCAGCCUGCACUCGUGCAUGACACCUCACGGGCCAGACGCGAAUUCCUUCAAGGCUGCUUCAGCUGCCGAGCUGCGCUCUGAGCGUAUUGCCGAUGGUACCCAGGCCUUCAUGUUUGAGACGUAUUACGGUCUCGCCGUCACCGAGUGGGCAUCUACCAUCUGCAAUAAACUUGAUUCGAAUUACUACAAGUGUUGGAAGACGCUGGAAAAAAACUUUAAUCCGAAUCAAAAGUAGUUUCCUUGCAAUUUGUUUGUUUAUCUUACGUGUCGUUAUAAAUUUUAGAUAAAUAAUUAAAUAAAAAACUAUAACAAUAUUAAAUAUUAUACUGAAAAAAUAGUACACAUGAACAAGGAAAAUACCUUAGCACUUGCUAAUAAUUAUUAUUAUUAUUAUUAUUAUUAAAAAAGACUAAAUUUGGCUUUGAAGCAUCACUGUUUAUUGUUUGUAUUGACGAAUAUAGUAUGUCAACGUCUCGGUAAUCUCCUGUCAUUAGGAUGCUGCAUAACAACUAAAAUAAAAAUACUUUAAUAAGGAUGUUGAAAUCAUUAUGGAACGUAAUGGACACAUGUACGUUUUCCCAGUUAAUAUACCUAUAAUUAUAAAUAUAACUUGAAAAUAAAAUUUUUUUUUUUUUAACGGAAAAAGAGAUG